AUGGCGAUCCAGCACCAGCACAUCUCCCUUCUCCUCCUCACCUUCCUCCUACCAGCCACUGGAUCGAAUGGCCUCGCCACUACCCCGCUCAUCAACUCGACGUGCACGGCGGCGACCAAUUCCACGUGGUUCACUCCCUACGACUACUGCGUGCGCACCCUCUCCGCCAUCCCGGCCGCCGCCGCUGCCACCGACGCGCGCGGACUCGGCGCAGCCGCGGCCAACAUCACCGCCAAGAACGUCACGACGACGAUCCACGUCCUCACCAACCUCGUCGACGCCCUCCAGCACUGCAUCACCAUGUACAGGAUGAUGAACGGGUCGGUGGCCGGCGCGCUCGACGACCUCCGCGCCGGCCGCACAGACGCGGCGUGGCCCAAGCUCAAGGACGCCGCGUACAGGCCGAAUUUCUGCGAGCUGGCGAUGGAUCAGAGUAAGACGGGCAAGGACCCGGUGUGGGAGGAGAACUUCAGCAACCAGCUGCUGUCCGGCAUGGCCAACGACAUCAUCGAGCUCAUCGCCAAGAAAAAGGCGAGAUGA